CAACUAUGCUGGAGUUUCCCCUGGGUGUGGGAGACUGGAAGGGAAGAGGAGCGAGGAGGAGGAGUGACGGAGGAAUGGAUGUGAAACAGAGGGCUCAGCCAUGGCUAGCAUCCUCUACUACGGAGAAGAUCACAACUGCACCAACGUGGACCGACUGAUUAAACGCUAUUACCUGCCAGUCUCCUACGCCAUCAUCGCCAUUGUGGGCCUUGUGGGAAAUGUAACCUCCAUUAGCAUUUACCUGACGAAGCUGCGUCCCUGGAAGAGCAGCAGCAUCAUCAUGGUCAACCUUGCGCUGACCGACCUCCUCUACGUCCUCAGCAUGCCCUUUCUGGUCUACUACUACAGUAACGGUGAUUCGUGGACUCUCGGCAGCUUCAUGUGCCGCUUUGUGCGCUUUGGGUUUCAUUUUAACCUGUAUGGGAGUAUCCUCUUCCUGACGUGUCUCGCCACGUUCCGCUACGUGGUGGUGAUCAAACCUUUGCUGGCGGCACAGGUGCAGCAGAAGUUUUGGGGUAUAACUGCGUGCUUGGCUGUCUGGAUCAUCGCCGCGGCCGAAAUCACACCCAUGCUGACCAUGAUAUCCUUGGAGGAGCGCAACAACAAGACCUACUGCUUGGACUUUGCCAGCACCAUACCGGUCGAUGAGGUGCGGUGGUAUGGUUGGAUGCUCACUGCGCUCGGAUUUCUACUCCCUCUAGUGGUGGUGUUCAUGUGCUACAUCGGUAUGGUGAAAGAAUUGGCGAAAGGGCCAAGCACAACCAGUCCAUGUCGGAUGCGGGCGCGUCGCGUUACCGUGCUGAUCCUGGUGGUGUUUGUGGCGUGCUUCCUGCCAUAUCACAUCUUGCGUGUGUUGCGGAUCGAAACACGAAGGACGCAAGGCACGCCGUGCAUGGUGGAGCGCGUCGUGCAUGCAGCGUAUAUUAUCUCGAGACCUCUGGCUGGACUCAACACAUUUUUUAACCUGGCUUUGUACACUCUUUCAGGAGAUAAGUUCAGGAGGGCCUUCCUCAGCACUUUUUACUGGGAAAGCUGGCUGACCAAGGCCAGGUCGCUGCUCCACCUCGCCAUCAUCAGCAAGGAAAGCAGUGACAUGCCCGCUGCAUGA